AGCUAGAGCCUGCUAGGUGAACUUGGAUAUUAUAUGAUGGUAAAAAACGUCCAUAUUUUCAGUGUAUUUGUCGUCGCUGCUUUUUUAAAACUAUAUGAAUCGACACUGUGUCCAGAAAGUGAGGAGCGACAGGUUUGUUUUUGUUUAUGUUUUUAAAUCAGUCUGUGGGUUAAUGCACAGGGUUUAAAAACACACACAGCCCAUAUGGACGGUUUUAAUGAUUUGCUGACAGACGAAAAAAAGCAGAGAUGAUUUGUAAAAGAUAACAAUAAAGCAGCAGCUAUCAUCAUACGAGAAAAGUAGUUCCUGCCGUCACGGGGGUGUGGGCGAGUCACAGUGUAUAAAUACGCCGGGUUGUCAAACAGUAAAGUUUCUCUGGAGCCUCCAUGCAAAGUGUCAGCUGAAGACAAACUGGGAACCCCGUCAGCCAUCUGAGAAAAAGGACAGCGUUAAAAAAAAAAAAAAUCAACAAUACUGAGGUGAAAAAUAUCUACUGGUCAGCUUCUCAACACUGACGACUUGACACAUCCGAAACAACACAAGGGAAUUAAAAUAGAAACGCAGGAGUAGAAGUCAAGCUAGGACAUCAUCAGUAACGAUAGGACCUGAAAACAUUGUUCAACAUCUGUGACGACGACAACAACAAACGGCCUGCAACCUGCUGCCCCUGCCUUCAAGGUGCCUUUACCAUGGUGACAAUAAAAAAAUCAUACACUUUACAGUAAGCCAGAGGAAAAACCCCUUGUUGCAGUUGCGUUGCCUCAGUUUCAGCACCAUCAUCUCAAACACUUUGCUCCCAAGACGGCGCUAACCUGGUGCAGCCAUGCAUCUGGAAGUGAAGGUCGCCCUCAACUUCAUCGUGUCCUACCUGUACAACAAGCUGCCUCGGCGUCGAGCUGACCUGUUUGGGGAGGAGCUGGAGAGGAUACUGGUGUCUCGUUUUGAGGGUCACUGGUAUCCUGAAGCCCCUCUUCGGGGUUCUGCCUUCCGCUGCAUUCACCUUGGAGCACCAAGAGACCCCGUGGUGGAGUUAGCCGCCAAGAGAAGCGGACUUGACACGGAGGAGGUGCGUGCAAAUGUCCCUGCAGAGCUCAGCGUGUGGAUCGACCCUUACGAGGUAUCCUACCAGAUUGGAGAGAAGGGGGCGGUGAAGGUGCUCUACCUGGAGGAUCCUCCAGGCCUCGGAUGUGACAGCGAGAGGGUGGAGGGGGUGAUGAGAGAGGGUAAAGGAGACCCAGAGGCGGAGGAGGCAAAGAGUCUGGGUUUCAAUCCAGACGCUCAGGUGUUCGUGCCAAUUGGAAGCCAGGCAUCUCCUGCCCUCAUGCCAUCGCUCUCUAGCUCUCCCACACCUCUGUCCGCCCCGUCCUGCCCCGGGCUCUUCAGCUACCCCAGCUCCAGCACGCCCACUGACCCUGCUGCCCACUCCUCCAACACCUCCACCCCUUCUCCUCCCAGCGGAGGGCUGCCCUACCUCUCCACUCAGCAGCCGCCCUCCGCUCUCCCCGCUGCCCGUCCCCAACCCAUCACCUUCACCACCGCCAGCUUUGCCGCCACUAAAUUUGGCUCGACCAAGAUGAAGAAGUGCAGCGGGGCCGGGUCGGCAGGUAACUCCAGCGUCGCGGUCGGCGUACCGCCCGCCCAGAGGAUGCUCACCCGUUCUCCUACCACCAUCUCGGCUCCUGAGCUGCUUAAGCACAAGCCGCUGUCUCUCUCCUUGCACUCCCUCGGAGGUCCCAUCCCAAGCCAGCUCUCCCCCAACGCCAAAGAGUUUGUCUACCCAGGUUCCCCCGGCCCCCUUUACUUCGACGCUGACACCCAGCCCAUGCAACCUCAUGCCAGCCCUUUCCAACCCCCCCACAAUGUCAACACCCAUCCGUCCUUUGACCCCUUCUCCAGCCCUCCUCCAGCACAGAGCGUGGGCAUCAUUGGCAGCAGCGGAGGGAUCUCCUACAUGGAGAAGCCGCCGUUCGUCGAGGGUUUAGGAAGCUACAACCUGCAAUAUCCCAGCCAGUCCUUCCAGCCUGUUGUGCUGGCCAACUAAGCCUUCAUUUGUUAUGAUAAUAAGAAUUGUUGUAGGAGGAGUUGAGUAUAGGACAGUGAUGCUCCAGAUAUUUUCAGUUUUUCUAACAAAUUGUUCUAAUACUAAUACAAGCUAAGAAUUAGUUUUACUACAAAGAUUUAAAAUACCACGUCCACUGAAUAUUUCAUGUGACUUGUUUUGUUCCUUCAUAACCCUCAACCCCACCCUGCACUUUUGUCCACUGCUGUUACUUGUCACGUUCUGUGUUGGCUUUGAUGACAGGAGUGGGUUGGGGUUAAGUUCCUUUUCUACCUGGAGUCGUUGCCAAUCUCUUGUGUUUAUUAUUUUGCAUUGAAUGUUAAUGCGAGAGACUUCUUUUGUUUUGUUUUUUUUGGACUUGUAGUCUAAUGGACCCUGAUCUAGUAUAGCUCCAUUUUGCACUGCACUGUCAUGCUGUGAAAAAGGACCUCGCCAAGUCCUGCAGGGAACGACGGCUGUGGAAAGCUCAGCACUUUGCUCUGCAAUCUGCUCUGCCCUACUUGCCACAAAUACAGAGAGGGGGGCUCUGCUGUCUCUGUGUGUGUGUAGUCCUGUUCUGUUUUGUUGUGGCUCAGCGUGAGCCGGAGACUCAUUGUUUGUACGGUGGGCCCGUUACCCUUGAAACGCACUCGUGCGCAGACACAAUUUGACUCUGUUGUUGUCACCGGGUGGAUAUUAAAAGCAGUUUAUCGUCAGCUGGAAUGUGUACAUGACGUGGGUUUAAAUGAAGUGAGCGCAGAGGAGGGAGCAGGAAGAGGGAGCGUUGGGGUGUUGAGGGAGCGAUGUAGUGGAAUGUAUUGUACCUGUCAGGGGGAAACUGCAGCUGAGAAGGUCAGGGAAACCUUGGUGAAUGUGGGAGGCAAAUGAAUCUUUGCAUUUUAAGACAAUAACCAUUUGCUGAUACCUCAGUUACACACACACACACACACACACACACACACAGAUGCAAGUUAUGGCGUCAUAAAUCUAUACAAAUGGGCAGCACAUACACAGAAAUAUCUGCACACACAAUUCCAGUCAGCAGUGUGUGAAGGUGAACAGGCGGAGAAGGGGGUGAGGGGGAGGGGAUGCAGCAGUUAAGCAGUAGGGAUUGUGAUAAAUGGCUUAGCAUGACUUUGACUAUGAAGGAGUGGUUUUCCUCUGCACAGAGAGGAGAGAGGGAGCUGGUAGAGAAGGGAAGACAGAGGAAAAACAAGAGAGGGAUGCAGCUAGAGAGUUGUGUUGCCUCUGGUGUCCGGGUUGUAUUCGCUUAGAGAGCAACACUUUAAAACCCAGAGCACGUUUCUGGUGAGCUUAAAUGGUAUUGAAGCCAAAGGCUCCCACUAUUCUCUCGCCUCUUGAAAUUCUUCAGUGAUCUCUGUUCCUCCGGUUGUUACAAAGAGAAAGCAGCAGAACAGUACAGUGCAGCUUGUUCCGUCUCUUUUUCCCAGUUGCAGUGAUUUGGACAAAGAUGAAUGUUCUUUAUUGAUGUGUGGCUUUUGUCGCUUUAUCGGAGAGCUUGUCAGAUCUCUGCAAGUCUGCUGUUUCUAACAUGUAGGUUACUGUAGUCACUACAGGGAAGGGUAACCCCCCCUCCUCCCCCCAGAUGUCCGUUCGAGCUGUCCGGCACUUUAUUACUGGGCUCCUGUUGCUGUGUGUCGCCCACAGACACAAGAGCUAAACGUUCUCCCAUUCCUUUGCCCUUUGCACAUUGAAUUCAGCCGUCACGAAACGCUUUAGAGAUUCAAAGAGGAGCUAAAUUGAAGUGAGGAGAUGCUGUCAGUCAUGUCCGUUUAUGUGAAUGUUUUCUAGACUUGUAUCCAUAAAUGUUUUUGUAUACAAUGACCCAAGGACCCUUGACUUGUGCUCACGCUGGUAUUGCGAUGUGACAGCUUGUCAUAUGCAUGCAAGUUUUCUUUCUUUCUUUUUUUUUUUUCAUUAUUUUUCUUUUCAAGGGGACGGGUGGGGAGGUACACUUCUCUGUAAAUGUUACAAUUUGUGAGGGAAAGAUGCAUUUACAAUUUUUGUUUUGUAAUUUAUUUCCAAUAUUUCUAUUCUUUUCUUUGUUUUUUUUGUUUUUUUUGCAAAUUGUCACUUACAUUUGUAUAAGUAAGAAAUUACAAGUCCAGGAAUAUGUAUAUAGAAAGUUCUUAUGUUCAGAUUCUUUGUUUAGUUUCUUACAUGCUGAAGUUAUUUUUUCAGAAAAAUAACGUGAAUAUAUGCAAACUGAGACAAAAAUAAAGAUGUACAGAGUAAAGUAUUGAAUGUGUAUUGUACCUUGUACAGCAUUUGUCUAAUAAGACGGGUAAAUGUAUUCACUCUUCAAGUUGGAUUUGGAGUUUUUAAGAAGUGAAUGUUUACAGUGGGUUUGUGUAGGAAAAGAUGGCUAAUAUCACUUUUUCUGUGCUCCCGUGGCAGUCUGACAACACUACUCCCUGUUCUCAUAGGCAGUACAUUUAAACCAAAAAUCUCCACUUUUCAGAUUCAUUUUUGAUUGCAAUGUCCAUCUUCCCUUUUUUCAUAUGAAUUCACUGCAUAUCAUUCUAUUUUUUUUUUUGUCCAUUGCUGAUUCCUUUCUCCUUCGUUUUUAAAAAGGAAAAAAAACACAGUUGCACAUUAACACUACUCACUUGCCUGUAUGCUACCACAGUAGCUAAACUCAGAUUUAUGUGAGCAAAAUUUCCCACAAACGAUGAGGGAAAAACUCCCGCACACUGUCUCGCUCACUGCUGAAACAUUUAUUAGCCUGCAACGUUUCAGUCUGUCCGAGCUUCAUCAGGUAUAUCCUCCCGCAAACAAAAAACCCCCCCACACAUUUCAUAUUUCUCAUUUAAUUUAACUUACUCUCACCUCAUUUUUUUUCCCUCCCCAAACGUGUCAUCCUCUCCCCAUCAGCCUGGUCCUUUGGUCUCGAUAAUAUAGCCAUAUCCCAGACUGUCUUUGCUUACACAGAUGCUUGCCCUUCUUCAGUGCAAUGUAAUGCCAUAAUUUAAAUUACCCUGAAGGAUUCAAGGGGUUUCUACCUCUCUACGCCCUGAGAAAAAAAUCCAGUAUUCCUAUCUCAUCAAUAGGAAGUACAGUGUUACAGCAGGUUUGGAAGGAUGAAGGAAAUGAAUGUGCUGUGAAUGUGAUUCAGAUCUGUAGUUAGUCAACCCUGGUUGAGAUGGCCUGUGGAAAAUAAACGGAGGAACUUGUCAUUUUUAUUGUGUGUUUAAAAGUCUUGGAGAGAUUUUUAGUCACAUGCAUGUCCAAAAUGUCCAAGUGACUCCUUUUUCCUUUUUUUCUUUUUCUUUUUCCUCAGCUGUCAGAUUAUUCAGUGCAAACGAGGUGUCGUUCAAUUUCUUCUGCAUACAAAUCUGGCUCUGCAGGUGAGAGGUCUGAGGAUGUCAGUGAUUAUUUUAAAAGCUGGUUAGCCUCCUUUUAAGAAGCGGUUUUUGUGUUUUUACACUUGAAAAGAAGUAAACAGAUCCGUGUUUUAAAUACGCCGCAAAUCAGCUCUAAACGCAGGCUAUUCUACAAUCAGGGUUGAGAAUUAAUGAAGAGAAAAAAAAAAAAAAGAAUUUUGUAUUCUGAUGUCCUUUUGCUUAUAUCAAUGUGUGCGUUUUAUUUUGCACUUUGGAAUAUUUCAUUGUCAUAAAAGAAGUUUAUUUUCUAUGUAAAAUUUAACAUUUAAGAGUAAAAUAGAUAUAAUUAAAAGUUCAGAUGAUGUAUAAAUAUAGUGCUUUCUUUCCUGCCUGUAUUUUAUUAUUUUUCCUAUUUUGUAUCUGAUCUGUACACCCUGUAGAUGUAUAAUGAAUCUUUCACUACUGAAAUGCAAUGACCUGUUUCUGUGCUGCCCCUCGGGAAUGGGGAGUUACUACUGCAGUUUCUUAUUGUAUCAGAUUCUUUUUUAAGUUUGUAAUAAAAACAGAUUGGCAAAAAAUAAGCAUGGAAAAUAAGCUAA